AUAUAUUUGAUUAUGUUACUAUCGAUGAUCAAAUACUUAUAUUUUUGACAUUUGAUUAUGUUAUUUUUAUGAUCAAAUGUAUACAUUACAAAAAUACAAAAUACAUUUUUGAAUAUACAACCGGAAUAUAGAUUACGGAAUAUAGGUAGAGAUUAAGAAAACUUGAUUAUGCUAUCUCCAUUGCUAGUAAAAUCAGAUUCAAAUUUAUACAUAACUAAUAGUUUUUAUGGUCGAUAAAUAUAGAAUAUUCAAUAUAUAAGAUUAUACUUUUUAUCCUAUAGAUUAUAAUAUACAAUAACGGAAUUAUAUGUUUGGUUUAACUUAUCAUGAGAUACAUUCCUUAAGUGAAUGGCUUACGUUUUUUUUGCUAACCACCCGGUUCGGUUAAGAUCUGCGGUUAGGAUAUUAGGCAAGAUGCUUACAGUAAGAUGCAUAAAAUGAAACAUAUACUAUAUGUUUGUGCCAAUGGCAUGACAUGUAAUUAGUCUAACAUAAAGAGGACUAUUAAAAAAAGGAUGUGAUGUGGAAUGUGAUGUUGAUACGUAAGUAUUGCCAAACUUGUGAAUCACGCAUGAAGCCAAAGUUUAUUUUAAAAAGUUCUCCUCAAAUAAUAAGAAGGGGAUUGAUUAACUUUGGAUUCGGUUCAACUUUUAACUUGAGAAGUAAAAAUAAAAAGGCAGGCCGCAUGCGUUUGGUUGGAUGUGAGAGCAAAGACGGGACAAAGACAACUUCUCCGCUUAAUAUCCCCCGACUUCCUUUUUUCUCCUUCCUCUUCACCAAAUCUAUACAUGUAUAUAUAUGUAUAUAUUCAUUUUUCAAAUACUACAACGUCUCUCUAUAAUAUAGUUAAUAUUAUUACCAUAAGUUUUGUGUUGUGUGAUUCGUACCUAUCUUCUUUUUGGUACGUAGCUAUUCAAUUCAGUCUUUUGGAAACUGCUCAGUCUUGUUGACUUUUUUUUUUAAAUCUCUUAAAUGCAAUAUCAUAAUAUUGUCUUUGGUUAAAUGUGAAUAUACCCAUAGUACUAAUAUUUACUAUGUUCUCUCCUCCUAAUAUAAUAAUAAUCUCUCUGGAUUCUAUUCCCAUUUGGUUUUGUGUUGCUUCGCUUGGCUUUCCUCAUUCCCAUCUUCAUAAUCUCCUCCUCUUCUCUCUGCCUUGAUAAAAGUGGUUUGUUUUCUCCUUUCUCCUCUUUUCUCCGCAGUCGGUUUCCUCUUUCGUUGUGUGUUUGUGGAAGAAUCUUAACAUAUUUAAGGUUGAAGCCGUUUCUUUCUCUCACCAAACCUUCUCAGAUCGGUCUUCUUUCUUUGUUUUGUUUUUUUUCUGGGUCGUGGGUUUCUUCAAGCUUGAUCGUAAUUGGUGGGUUUGUAUGUGUUCACCCAUUUGGAAGAAGAAAGUUAGUUUCUUUGCAGUGAGUUUCUUAAGGCUGGAUCUCUGUCUUUGGUUUGAACGAAAGUUUCUAGCAUCGGCUACGUAGCAAAAAGUGGGGGAGAAUAUCCAAUUCUCAAGUGUAAACUGUGAUUGAGGAUAAGAUGCAGGGAGAAAGGUCUAGUAUCGGUUCUUUACCAGAGACCUUGAACUUUGAGAAUGGUUCUUCAUCUACUAAUCCUGUGGUAGAUCAGCAGAUUCGGUGGGGGGAUCGUCACAGUAUUGGUGAUAACGAUCUGCAGAAUUACAUGAAUACAGCUGCUGAUACUACAAAUACUAGUUUUGCAAACUCAGUGUAUCCUGAGCAAUGCGACUUGCACAUGUUUAGCCUUGGUGAGGGUAGCUCUAGUGGUGCAAAGAACAAAGCACCUACUAUCACUGAAAAAUGGAUGGCGAUUCGUCAUUUAGAGGAACUAAGAAACGACAAGGUUGAGUUGAACCCUUUGUUUAUGCAACCUUCUUCUGGUGCAAACCGAGUGGUUGGCAAUCUGAAUGCAAAGCAUAAUGGGCUUGAGUCUGGUCUUAUACCAGAGAGCGGUGUUAGAGUUGGUUCGGGUGCAGAUGGGCAGCAUAAAAGAAAAGCUCUUGAUGCCGGCAUUGGACAGUCCUCCUCAUCAAAUGUAGGUUUCCGUGAGUUACACCGUGGAGAGAGCAGUUCUUUGUUCUCAGGAAAAAACGAUUUGAACAUGUCUCUUAACCAUGGGCCAAGAGGAUUGGGCCCUGGCGCUGUUCCAAACAUGUCUGCUCUUCCUGCCAUCCCAGAGAGCUCCAACAGAAACUUCUCUGUCAGGGCUAAUCCAGAAAAUGUCUUUGCUGCUGGAACUGUUAUCAGGCAACCUAUUGCUCCAUCCUUGAGCGCACCAGGAGACCAACAGCUCGUGGACUUGAGAUAUAGACAUGCUUUUGGCAAUUAUACUCCUCUGAACCCAAAUGCUUCUGCUGGUACUAUACCCCCUCUUUCACGAAAUAUGAUACCACCAUUCCAAUGGAAUCCAGUAGCAGCAGCAGCGGGUGGAUCUUCGAGUUCUGCUGCCCCUGUUGUUGACAGAAAUGUCGUUCACCGAGUUGAAACCAGAGAAAGAAGCAACAUGCUAGCAAAUGCCUGGUUUGUUCCACCUUCUGGUAUGAUAAAUCUGCCCCACGGUCAUGUAAGUGGUCCUGGACAGGUUGCGCCGUCUUCAUCCAGGACAAGUGUUCAGCCAUCACCCUCAUUGACUCCUUACCAGAAUAACUCGGCACAAAAUCAAAGAAGAAUAUCUGAACAUUUACGGAGGAGGUCGUUGCUUUCUUCCCUUGCUACGCAUCAGAGAGCUGCUCGAUCUUCGGCCCCUCCUGCCCCUCUGGAUCAGCAUGUGCUUCAUCAAUCUGGUGGUGAUGCCACCUUUCAGGCGCAGAGUCGGGCUUACUCGAGAGCAGUACCAAGACAAGGGCAACAAACUACAAAUGGCGUUUCUCAAUCUUCUCGAAGCUUAGCAUCCACAAGUCGAGGAAGAGGCAGACUGGCAGAGCUCCGCAAUGUCUUGGAACAGAUGCGUAGGACAGGGACCUUGCAUUUGGAGGAUGUUAUGCUUCUCAAUCAGUCGAUGCUAGGUGCAGCUGGUAUUCAUGACCGUUAUCGAGACAUGCGACUCGAUGUUGACAACAUGUCUUAUGAGGAGCUGUUGUCUCUAGGAGAGCGGAUUGGAGAUGUUUGUACAGGUCUCAACGAGGAAACCAUAUCAAACCGAUUGAAGCAACGAAAAUACAGCAGUGACACCAGAUGUCCACAAGAAAUAGAACCAUGUUGUAUCUGUCAGGAGGAAUACAAUGAGGGAGAAGAACUGGGAAUGCUGGAAUGUGGGCAUGGCUUCCAUAGCCAAUGCAUUAAAGAAUGGCUGAAGCAAAAGAAUCUUUGUCCAAUCUGCAAAACGACAGGGAUAAACACUGUAGAGAAGCCAGUAAUAUAAUGAUGGAAAGACCUUAAGCUGUUCUAUACUAUUGCAACCUCACCACAACAACACCCAAAGGGAAGUUAGGAUUAUGCGUUUUAUUUUUUUGCCUUUGGUGGUUGAGUUUGAGGUUUGAUGAUAUAGAGGUAGCGAAAAGAUAGGUAUGAAGAAAAGUAACUGAGGGACUAUCUAAGAAAAAGAAACUUGGGUUCUUCUAAAUUUGUUUGGAUGAUUUUAUUUUUAUUUUUUUUAUGAUUUACUCAUUGAAAGAACUAAAAGGUUUGUGAGCCAAUUCGGCAAGUCUGAUAAGUUUAUGGAUGAUUGACUUAUUGUACAUUAUUCAUAUUUUAAUGGUCACCAGUUAGAGGC